UCACUAACCUCAUUCAUGGCGUGGCUGAGCGGUGCCUUCACAUCAAACGUUUCUUUCGCGUUUUCAUUUUGUUUGUCGCAGACAGACGCGCGUUUGCCCGCGAAUACGAUCUCAUCACGCCGAGCGCUUUUUGUGCGCGUGUUGAUCUGAAUCUCUUCUUCAGCGACUCGUUUUAUCGUCUGUUUUACCGAUCGUUACAUGUGGACGUAUCGAGGGAUUAUGAGAUGAAAGCGAUAAGAGAAUGACAUGUUAAAGCGGAUAUCGCGAAGAAGAGGAUACAUCAAGAAUAUCACGUGUGGAAAAUCCAAUUCGCUGAAUAACUGACGGAAAUGCGUUUUUUGACCCUUCUAGUGGAUCAUUUUAACAUGAUUUAUGAUAUUCUCUUGUAGACUAUAAAGGCAUGCUGAUUCAUAUAUUGUGACAUGAAUAUUAUCUGCAUUUAAUUUUUUUAAUUUAAUUUGAUCAUAAUCAAACCAUUAACCUGACUUUUUGUAUGAAACGCUACUGUAAUCUGGCAUUUGGUGUGACACAUGUUUGUUUGGCAUAAUUAGUCUAAAUUAUCUGUCUUAAUACAUAAAAAGACAGACGUGAUACUUGAAGGCCGAUAAUCAGCUUAAGGUUUCCAGUUUUACAGCAGCUAUAGCUGCUUGGCACAUUCGACUGGUGUAUUUCCACUGCUUUCAAGCCCUUAAGUGGCUUUUAUCAUUAGUUUAGUAGUUCGAGCAUAAUGCACAAAAGUAACAUGGGUGAUGAUGGAUCAUCCAACGCUGAGAUGGACAUCGUGCCCGGCUAUCUGGAGCUGGUCACCAGAGCGUAUUCAGUCAUGUCCAGUGCCUUCAGGGACUGUAAGGACUGUGGACUGGAGAUGUCCACAAGAACCCUGAUGGAUCAUGCCCACAUCACAUGGAAGGAGAUCUUCUUGUUCUUCAUGUGCGUGGUCAUGUGGACGCAGAUGCGUAAGGGACUGACCGCCUUCGUCUUUCAGCCUUUUGGACGAUGGUGUCGCCUCCAUCCCAAAGACGUCUUGAAGAUGCCCGAGAGCGCUUGGAAGCUGGUCUUCUACACCAUGUCGUGGUCAUACAGCACUCAUCUUCUGUUUUUCACAAACUAUUCCUUCUUCCAAAAUCCUCCUUCGGUAUUUAACAGUUGGAGAAGCGGGAUGGAGGUCCCCACGGACAUCUCUAUAGCCUAUCUGAUCCAGGGAAGCUUCUACGGUCACUCCAUAUACUCCACCGUCUACAUGGACACGUGGAGAAAAGACUCGCUGGUCAUGGUGGGGCAUCACUUCAUAACUCUCGCCCUCAUCACCUUCUCAUAUGCCUUCAGAUAUCACAACAUUGGCGUUCUGGUGCUAUUUCUGCACGAUAUCAAUGAUAUUCAGUUGGAGUUCACCAAAGUCAACGUCUACUUCAAGACCCGGGGCGGGAAAGAGCACUUUAUCAACGACGUCCUGUCCAACAUUGGUGUUGUUAGCUUUAGCAUCACCUGGUUUUGGUUUCGUUUAUACUGGUUCCCUCUGAAGGUGUUGUGGGCCUCCUGCGUCACCAGCAUCCAGACGGUUCCCAACAUUCCCUUCUACUUCUUCUUCAACACCCUGCUGUUCAUCCUCCUCCUCAUGAACAUCUACUGGUUCCUGUUUAUCGUGCUGUUCGUGGUGAAGGUCCUGACGGGACAGAUGAAGGGUGUGAAUGAUGUCCGGGAGUAUGAGGAUGGAGACGACGCUGAUGAUCAAACCUCUGCUGAUGGGAAACAAGUGAAAAACGGCAUCGCCAAGAAGCAUCAAUAACGUCUCGCCGCUGCCUCCUGCAGGCAGACGCCGGCGAUUACAGGACACUCGUGUGACCCCAGCUGGAUUUUGAC